AUGGAAGGCAGCAUAAUCCGCCAUAUAGAUGUCGGUAUCUUGGCCAGAGCACGUAGUAAUGGAGAAGACAGUGAUGCUGGCAGGCCACCCCAAGGAAGAAAGCAAGGGUGGAGUUCCUUUCCAGGUGAUUUUGGCAAGAGGAACCCUCAUUAUCAGCACGGUAGAUAUGAGCUUCAGCCUUCACACCUCCAGAAGGAUGGUGGAAACGUGGACAGGAAGGGUAUCCUGAAGUACCGAGGAAGACACACUCCCUAUACUGUGGGACAGGAAAAGAGGAGGGUGAAAUGGCAUAAGGAAGGCCAAAUCCGUGUCACUCUGGGGAACGAUAGAAAACAUCUCAAGAGCGAGAUGGGGGAGGACAAACAAGACGGAACCCAGUCUAGUUGGUUCAAGAUCACAAUUCCCUUUGGAAAAAAGUAUGAGAGGAGCUGGCUAAUGAGUUCAAUCCAGAGCCAUUGCACUGUCCCCUUCACUCCAGUGGACUUCCACUACACACAGCACAAGGUUCAGUUCUUUGUCCAGGAUGCUAGCGCUGCUUCUGCACUGAUGGAUGUCAGCUACAAGAUUUGUGACGAGGAGAACAGAAAGAUACCUAUCUUUGUCAAUUCUUCUGCUGUACCUUACUCUGUGCAGGAUAAGUUGGCACCAGAAAAAAUGAAACAACUAAAGCUGACCAUGAGCAGAAGAUAUGAUGUCUCCCAGAAAGCUCUUGACCUCCAGAGUCUGCGCUAUGACCCAGACUUGGUGCGCCACGGUACUGAUAUAAUACUGAAUCGCAGAAACUGCAUGACUGCCACCCUGCAGGUCAUCAAGACGAGUUUCCCCGAGCUGUUGUCCUUAAACUUGCGCAACAACAGACUGUUUCAGCUGGAUGGCCUGUCUGAUAUUACACAGAUGGUCCCCACAAUCAGGAUCCUGAACCUGUCCAAAAAUGAGCUUAACUGCACCUGGGAGCUGGGGAAGAUCAAAGGCCUGAAGCUUGAAGAACUAUGGCUGGACGGGAAUCCCUUGUGUGACACCUUCCCAGACCAAUCCACCUACAUAAGUGCCAUCAGGAAAUGUUUCCCCAAGUUGUCACGCUUGGAUGGCCACGAUUUACCCCCACCGACUACUGCUGACAUUGACAGGCCCAACUUAACAAAGCCCUACAAGGGAAGCUGUAAAGGUCCUGAUGUUGUGAAGAGUCUAGUACUGCAAUUCCUCCAGCAGUAUUACUCGAUCUAUGACUCUGGAGACAGACAGAGUCUCCUCAGUGCUUAUCACGAUGAGGCCUGCUUCUCCCUUGCCAUUCCCUUCAACCCGAACGAUCCAGAUCCAAGCAGCUUUUUUGAGUACGUCAAACAUAACCGGAAUAUGAAGAGCCUCAAGGACCCCAACCUGCGCUUUCAGCUGCUGAAACAUACAAAACGUGACAUUGUGUGCUCCCUCUGUGUGUUGCCCAAAACUCAGCAUGACUUCAGCUCCUUCAUCUUGGACAUGUGUUUCCAGUCGGAAACCAUGAUCUUCAUCUGUGUCAGUGGAGUGUUCAAGGAGGUGGAAGGACCGUCUCAGGGUUGCGUGCGCGCCUUCUCCCGGACCUUCAUCGCUACCCCUGCCAGCAGUUCCAGUCUGUGUGUCGUGAAUGAUGAGCUCUUUGUGAGGGACGCCACACCUAGGAAGACUCAGAGUGCAUUGUCCAGCUGCGUGCCCACACCCCACUGCAGUUCUCAGCCCACCCUCCCUCAGGAGCAGCAGGAAAUGAAAAACAUGCUCUUCUUCUGUGUCAAUGGGGUGUUCAAGGAAGUGGAAGGGCAGUCUCAGGAUUCUGUGUGUGCCUUCACCUGGACCUUCAUCGCUACCCCUGCCAACAGUUCCAGGUGCCUUCAGGACAACAGGUGGAAAAACACCAGAGCUGAUCAGGUCUUCGCUAUGCUCAAGCCUAAGCCAUACCCAUGA